AUGGAGCCUUUCAAGCGCGAGGUCACGGGCUCCCCCAGCACGAGAAACGAAGAGGACCCGAAAGAGCCGCGUGAACCCAAGCAAGAGGAGAUGUCGCCUACCAGAGACGGAGCGGCGGGAGACGUGGGGGCCGAGUUCGCACCUGAGCAGGCGGAGAUAGGCAUACAAGUCAAGGUGGAAGGAAACAGCGACAGCGAAGACCACAAAAUCGGCGAGGAGAGGGCCGGCGACUUGGGUGCUGGAUAUCUGUGGCCCGCGGGUCCCGAAACCCGCGAUGUGUGCUGCGGCCGCAGCCCACGUCAGUUGGAGCCACAGGUGCCGAGGCAGGAGGGACAGAUGCCUGAAGUCGCAGUCCAGGGUCCCGCGCAGCGGAGGCAGUAUGCGGGCCCCCGCAUGGUGUUCAACCAGCUGCAGGUGUACCAUCUGGAGAGCUUGUUCCAGCGCACUCCGUAUCCCAACGCCACCACGCGCCAGGAACUCGCGAGAUUCAUGGAUGUGCCUGUAGCCAGAGUGCAGGUUUGGUUCAAGAAUAAGAGAGCCAAGCUGAGGAGACAGCAGAGGGCACUGAGGCUCAGAAACAUGGUCCCCAUGCCCAUGGGUCCCCCUGUCAUCAUUAACUUGGGUCGAGCCUACCGUGGAGUCUUGGUUCGGCAGCCUGGUUGUGUGCAGAUGCCUCAGGAGCCAGCGAUGCCAGCGAUGCCAGCGAUGCCGAGGCCACCUGGCCCGCCCAUGCAGCCCUUUCCUCCUAUGUUCCUGCCUCCUCCUGGCUGGUUCCGUCCACCCGUCCCUCCCUGUGGCUGUCCUGUGGCUCCCUGUGGCUGCCCUGUGGCUCCCUGUGGCUGCCCUGUGGCUCCCUGUGGCUGCCCUCCACCUAUCCCUAACUAUGGCUACCCUCAAUAUCUCCCUCCCUGUGGCUACCCUCUGCCUUUGCCUCCCCAUGGCUAUCCUCCACCUUUCCCUCCCUGUGGCUACCCUCGUCCACCCAUUCCUCCUAUGGCCCAUCCUAGGCCACCAGUGGUUCUUCUGUAACCCCUUUUCCCAAAGAAUGGGUUCUGCGACAGUUUUUUUUCCCCAAGGUGCUUUUGACCCAGAUUCAAGUUUCUGUAUUUGUCGCCAUAAAGAAUAGUUGACUAAGUAUGUGCUGAAUGUAUUAAAGAGAAGUCAAAUUC